UGCAAACAACGACGGCGUCACGAGUAACAUGUGCUUGCCUGUGUUUGCCCUCCACAGCCCUAGAUGUACAAUCAAUAGAUUAAUGGCUGUAUCCCCGUCACGUUUACUUGCAUGUGACGUCCGAGUUUGACGACGUCAGUAUGUCAUAGGAAAGAAAAAGUAAAUUAAUUAUUUUGUACUGUUUAUUUGAUAAAACAAGAUGCUGCUACUACCAGUCAUACGUCAUGGACUAUGGAGAGCUACAUUCAACACGCUUAAUACAAGCAGAUGGAGUCCUCUCUUCAGACACCUGUGUGAUGGAGUCCCUACUUCACUGGUCGAUGCCGAAACAAUCUUUGCAUUAUCAUCUGGCCAUGGAAAGUGUGGAGUCGCUGUGGUCCGCAUCAGUGGACCUGCAUCCACCACAGCUCUUAGAUGUAUGGCCAGCCAGACACGCAGGCUGCCUGUUCCACGCACUGCCUUAUUAAGGAGCAUCAAGCAUCCUCACUCUGAAGAGGUGCUGGACCGUGGACUUGUCCUUUGGUUCCCAGCCCCCCACAGUUUUACUGGAGAGGACAGUGUUGAGUUUCACAUCCAUGGAGGUCCUGCUGUUACUGCUGCUGUCCUACAGGCACUCGGAAGCGUGCCUGGCAUGAGGCCUGCUGAGGCUGGGGAGUUCACGCGAAGAGCCUUUCAAGCAGGGAAACUUGACCUGACAGAGGUGGAGGGGCUCGGGGAUCUGAUCCACGCUGAGACAGAGGCCCAGAGAAGACAGGCACUUCGGCAAAUGUCAGGAGAUCUCGGUCGUCUCUAUCAGGACUGGAGUCACAAACUGAAAAGAUGUCUUGCCCAUGUGGAAGCCUUCAUAGACUUCAGUGAGGAUGAGCUCAUUGAGGAUGGUGUCUUGAACAAAGUUGACGCAAUGGUCCGUGAUCUGCAAGGCGAGAUGGAGCGACACCUACAGGAUGAGAGGAGGGGUGAACGACUACGUAGCGGUGUGCAGGUGGUCAUCGCAGGAGCUACCAAUGCUGGGAAAAGCAGCCUCCUCAACAUGCUGUGCCGGAGACCUGCAGCUAUUGUGUCCCCCAUUGCUGGAACCACCAGGGAUGUAGUAGAGACGUCUCUGGACAUUGGUGGCUUUCCUGUAGUCUUGAGUGACACAGCUGGCCUCAGAGACUGUCUGGACCUGGUUGAGCGAGAGGGCGUCCGUCGAGCUCGUGAAAGAGUUGAGCAAGCAGACUUGACUUUGGUGGUCGUCGAUUGCAGUCGCCUCCCCAUGGAUGUCCAGCAAGCUGCAGCCUUUCUUCAGGACCACUUGGGAAGUUUCCUGUCCACUCAGGAGCACAUUCACACCGCAUUACAGUCUGACAGGUGCCUUCUUGUCCUGAAUAAGGUGGACCUGCUGCCUGAGGAGCAGGGACAAAUGCUGAAAAAGGAGCUGGGCUGCAUAUCUGGGCUUCCUGUGUGUGUGAUGUCCUGUCACACUAAUGAAGGACUUCAAGCCUUCCUCACAACACUGCACAACCGAGUCAAGACACUGUGUGGAAAUCCCCUGUCUGAUGCCCCCACCCUGACCCAGGCACGCCACAGGGCCCACCUGCAACACUGUGUCGCCGCCCUGGAUCAGUACCAGCGAUACCGUGACCUCGACCUCGCUCUGGCAGCAGAGGGCGUCCGAUUGGCACUCACCAGCCUGGGCAGGAUCACUGGAAAGAUCGGACCGGAGGAGAUCCUGGAUAUCAUCUUCAAAGACUUCUGCAUUGGCAAAUAGUCAAGAGGACCGCAGCUCCAUUUUCUUCAUAUGCUAUUUCUACAAAAAAAGCGCAUUUUGGACACCUGACAGCCAGCUAAAAGCAAAAAGCAGGUAAGUAGAACUUACACUGACGGCCUCAGAGGGGUUGAGUUGUAGCUGCCCAGCAUGGCGGCUGUAGAUAAGCACAGUCCGCACCACGUAAGGAGGCGGCACGGUCUGAAUGUUCUCCAUCGAUGGCAACUCAAUCUUCUGACGACUGUAAAACAGACAUCUUACUUAAUCACCUUCAUAUAGAACACCUUAGGCAAAGCAGUGGUGGUCAAAGUACGUACAUAACAUUGAGAAGAUCUUCAAGACCUGCAAGACAGUUAAGGCUAAAAAACAACAUUUUACAAGUAUGAAUGGACUAUGAAUGAAAGGAUACUGAAAGUCUCGCACACGUUGGUCUCCAGGUCGUAUAGACAGCUGCACAGCUCGCGGGGGUCAGAAGUAAAGCCUGACAGCUGAGACAAAUGUAGAGUAGAACAUUCCGUGAAGACAAAUUACAUAACUACUGUUGCGCCAAGGUGUCCAUCACUUACCCACAGAGCGUCGUCAUUGACCACCACCAGAGCAAACUCAUGUCGCUUGUCAAUCUUGUGCUUAGUUCUCACAAACAUCUCAAUCAUCUUCUGGGAAAUGUUCAGAGCAUUUGUUUUGGUCCUUUAGAGGAAGACACAUAUUGUAAUUACAUUUUCACUAGAAUUAGGGAGAUGAGCUGUAUAAGGAGCUUACCCAUUGAAAGACUCUAGCUUUGAUAAACACAUCUCCUCUGAAAGGUCCAAGCAGAUGAUCUAUUACAGGGAACAGACAUGUUGUGGAUGUGAGGGUUGGAAUGUCCGAAACUUUAGGAUAUUAAGCAUCUGUGAACGCUUCAAUUAUCACAUCUAUGUUUAACUCUCUGGAAACAUUUAAUUUGAAUAUUCUUCAAAGUCAAACGGGACAUAAAAGACCUUAGGUUUUGAAAGGCAUAAAAACAUUUUGGAUUCAUUUGGUUUUUUUUGCUCAAAUUUUUUCAAUAAACUUCAGUCCAAAACAAAAAUAUCAAACAAGUAAUCUUCUUUGAUUUUAUUUUGACCAGAUGUCUCGAGUUAAAAGGAGUAAAAUAACCCCUGUUAUGCAAAUGUAUACUAGUCAUUCUUUGUAACAUUGCGCUUUAAAUAUUAUGAAUCCCCACAUUGCAGAUUUUUGGGGAUAUUUAUUUAUUUUUAAAGCAUAUUGUAAAAAAUUUUUGUCUCAAAAUUAAGUCUUAUCAAACUUAAAAGUGACCAAAUUACCUGAAAAUAUCAAUACUACAGUAAUACUGGCCACUAGAGGAGAAAAAAACAAUCAGAGCGAGCUGUUCAGUACUGUGGACACUGAUUGGGUCAGCCCCAGCAGCAUUACUAUAUUAGAUUAAAAGAGUAAAUGUGGAUAAAAGGUCAAAUCUAUGGGCAUCGAACGAUUCGAUCGGACUCUGAUUCCUAUUGUGACGAUUCGACUUUUGAUUCAACACGAUUUUGAUUUAAACCAAUUCUCGCAAUUUAUUAUUUGGUAUAUUAAAUACAGUAUAAUGAAACUUUUUCAAACCAGGUUACAGGUUAAAAAAGCUCCUUAGAGUUGCAUAAAAAUGAAAAAAUGUAAUCGAUAUGAAUACAUUUAUAAUGGAGAUGAAUAAGAAUCGUGAUUAGGAUGUGGAUCGACUGUUUGUAUACCCAUUGUAAAGGGUGUUAUUUCAUGUCUAGAUAGAUGGCUUUCAUAAUAAUAAUAAAAACUUAUUUGGAAUUUCAUGGACAGGUUUUUCAUGCCCUAACUAUGAAAAUAAUACAUUUAUAUUGAAUGAUUAUUUACUUAUUUCAUUUGUCACGGUCGUGUCCUGAACCAAACAACAGCGAUAAACGAGGGAUGACUGUAAUUGAACAAUGAUAUCAUUUGAUCAAAAUGCCUUCAAAGGAUUAAAUUUUUUAUUUUAAAUAAAUAAACAUGACAUAAUUGGUAUUUAUGUUUAAGGCUGAGGUUGAUUGAGCAAUUUGAGCAAAAAAAGUAAUCAAAAAAAAAAAAUUGAAAUGUUUUAAGCUCCCUGAAAAAUGAAUGUCCUGUUCAGCUUUAAAGAAAUGUGAAUAACUGCCAGUUUAUCCAUCAUACACCUGAAUUGGACAUUGAAAAGUAAAAAUUAAACAUGAAGAAAAAACCAGAGUAAUGGAAUAACACAACUUUUAUGGUCAAAAUACAGCAAAGACUUACUGAAAGGAAAAUAAUAUAUGGUAUCCACAAGGAACUGCAUAGGAUCAUGAGGUCAGCAUCCAGAAGCACUCAGCAUGUGCUUUAUAAUCUUGGUUUUACUGCUCAGAUGCUGUUAUACUUCCCAUUCUGCUUUUAAUGCGGACAGUAUUACAACACCGAUUCUGCUGCUGCUGUGUUGUGGAAUACAUUAACUACCGACCAUCAUAAAAUGAAGUUGGUAUGUGAAAUAACACUGAGCCUACCACUUUCUCUGGACAGUUGACCCGAGGAACUCGUAUUUGGUACUCUGCUGGUGGAGGUAGAGGGGUUGACAGUGGAGGCAGCUGUUGUGUGGGCUUGGGACGCUCCUUGGCGGCAGCAGCAGCAGCAAGCUGCAUUGGUGUGACAGCAGCAGUAGCAGCCACAGGGGUCACAGUCUGAGCCACAGCUGUGGAGAUGCUGGUCGUGGUGGAAGUCGAAGGACUGUCGCUGGUCGAGGCCUCGCCUUCGCCCUCGACGCGGCUGCCGACAGCUGGUUGUGAUAGGUUGGGGUUGCCUCCACCUCCAAGACUACCGGUGCUGCUACGACGGUCCUCGGCACCUUCAGGGUUGGAGCGGGUUCGUGGUCGCAGCUCCACCGAGCGCUCCUCUCCAUCUGCUGGGCCAGGCUCAGGGGUCUCCAUGGAUACACAGGCAGCUGAGAGAGUGGAUGGGAAAUAACUUUAGAUGGGCGAAUACUUCCACCAUACAGGGGGAAUUUCUGAUCCCUUUUUUGAGUUUGAGUUUAUUUCGAACGUGCAAGCAUACAACAUGAUACAUAAUUUCCAGUUUCUCUUUCCAACAUGUUCGAAAAGGAGUAGGAAGAACCAGAGCUUAUUUAAUCCUCCCCCUUUUCUUUUAUAUAACAGUUGCUAAAACUUUUGUUCACUUCCUGUUCUCAAUGUCUUCACAGUAUACUCUAUAAGUAAUCACAAUAAAAAUAAAUACAUUUUUACUUUGACA